AUGAACGGAGAGUUACUUGUAGUAGUUGUGUACGUUGAUGAUUUACUUGUCACAGGCUCCUCCGUGAAAUCAAUAUUAAACUUCAAAACAGAGAUGGCUAAGAAGUUUGAUAUGAGUGACCUUGGUCUCUUGACUUACUAUCUAGGGAUCGAGGUGCAUCAGAGUAACAAUGGAAUCAUCUUGAAACAAGAUAGAUAUGCACAGAAGAUUCUAGAAGAAACUGGAAUGGAUGCUUGUAAUCCUACUCAGGUACCAAUGGAGAUGAAUGCUAAGUUCUCAAGGACUCUCACUGAAGAAAGAAUCGAUGAAAAGGAGUAUCGAAGGACCAUCGGUGGUCUCAGAUAUCUUCUACAUACACGUCCUGAUCUAUCUUUCUCAGUUGGAGUUCUAAGUCGAUAUAUGCAGGAACCACGUAUCUCACACGGCGCUGCGUUAAAGAUGAUAUUGUGGUAUCUAAAAGGAACGAGCACGCUUGGUCUUCGGUUUGAAAGAAACAGAGGUUUAAAGCUAGAAGGGUUCAGUGACAGUUCACAUAACGUGGACAAUGACGAUGGAAAAAGCACAACGGGUCACGUGUUUUAUCUUGGUAACAGUCCGAUAACCUGGUGCUCAACUAAGCAAGAGAUAGUGGCUUUGUCUAGCUGUGAAGCUGAGUUCAUGGCAGCUACAUAG